UGAUUACACGUCAUCAUUAGGCGCCGACACACAAUUUGUGCAGUACAGUAGUAGUGCCUUACGUUUGAUAAAACUUUUCUCUUCGCCGUAACACGAGAACAAUAACCGCAGCCGAAAAAUACCAUGGCCGUGGAGUCAAGAGUCACCCAAGAGGAGAUAAAGAAAGAGCCGGAGAAGCCCAUCGACAGAGAAAAGACAUGUCCUCUCCUGCUGAGGGUGUUCACCACAAACAAUGGGAGACAUCACCGCAUGGACGAGUUCACCCGCGGAAACGUCCCGGCUAGCGAGCUGCAGAUAUACACCUGGAUGGACGCUACUCUGAAGGAACUGACAAGCUUGGUGAAGGAGGUGUUUCCAGAGGCUCGGAAAAAAGGAACACACUUCAGCUUUGCCACCGUCUUUCCCGAGCCCAUGAGACAGAUGUACAGGAUGAAGGAUAUCGGCAACACAGUGUCGGGGAGGAAGGGUCCAGACGACGCCCUGACCCUGCAGUCCCAGAGAUUCCAGAUCGGAGACUACCUGGACAUCGCGAUUACCCCCCCUAACCGAGCGCCUCCGAUGCCAAUGCGUAUGAGACCCUACUGAGUUGAGUGGGCUUUCAUCCCCAUCCUUGUUUCUUAGAAAGUGUAUCAGACAGAUGUUUGUGCUCGUUUAAAAGUGAUCUUCGUGCAAUUAACUUUUUCUUUUUUUUUAACUGUACGACUGAAAACAUGGGAAAAUGGUUUCAGCAAAGCAAUGUAAUUUCUACAUUUUGCAUUCAUACUUUUUUUUUUUAUAGGUCUUCAAUAAAAUCAAAAGAAACACUUAUGUUUAGCAGAUGUCAUUUCUACAUUUUGCUUUCAUGCUUCAUUUUUUGAUAGUCUAAAUAGAAUGAAGAGAAAUUAUUAUUUCAUAUGAAUUUUUUUCCUGAUGGGUUCCGCUCAAAAACAAACUGUAGUUGCUGAUAACCGCUGGUUAUUGUUCCAAUGUUGUAACUUGAUUUGCUGAGAAGAAAAAAUGGUUAUUACAAAACUAAAAAUAAAGUUUAGGAUUUAUCAGCCUA